ACCUACGCACGGACCAAGGUCCCGCGUGCCUUAAGGAAGAGUCCCAUCGAGGCUAACCCUACCGUAUCUCUGUGGGACCUUGGCAAGAGGCACCCCACGCAUCCACCUUCACUCAGUCCAUAGGAACCGAAGUUCUGGACCUAUCGGCCUACCAACUCUCCGAAUUCGGCCAUCAUGAAGUUUCCACGUUGCAACAAUGGGAUCCGAACCCAGAGAGUCGCUACAACGCUUCCAUCAGUACCGCGGACUCCAUACCGGAAUACUGACUUGGUUCCCCGGGCAGGAUCCGAACCUGCAUCUAUACUUGUCAGCCUCAACCGAAGUUCUGGACCUAUCGGCCUACCAACUCUCCGAAUUCGGCCAUCAUGAAGUUUCCACGUUGCAACAAUGGGAUCCGAACCCAGAGAGUCGCUACAACGCUUCCAUCAGUACCGCGGACUCCAUACCGGAAUACUGACUUGGUUCCCCGGGCAGGAUCCGAACCUGCAUCUAUACUUGUCAGCCUCAACCUGGCCGAAUCUGCGAUUCGAACCUGGGUCUGCCAUGUGACAGCGGCAUGCUCUACCAAUUGAGCUACCGGGGAUUAUGGGACUAUGGGCCAACACUGAGCGGCUGCCGGAUGACCCAGGCACUGACCCCGGUUCGGAUGAGGAGGCCUGCCAGGCGUCUAGGCGGGCUUGUGGCACCGUGCACCAGCAACUCGUUGCAGAAUGGCCCACCAUUGCGAACAGGAACGCAAGGGCAGUUGCCAGCAUGUCUUACAAAGACAGAGAAGCAGUACUGGCGCUUGUGCAGCAACGGCUCCCUAUGCGCCACCUGAGCACGGAGGAGGGCCGAAAAGACCUGCUUUCCUUCUUGCAGUUGCGGCUGUUAAGCAAAGCUGCGGGGGAGGAGGAAGAAGAUGCAGGUGGCGGUGGUGGCAGUGGCUGGGCACCAGUAGCUGGCGGCGCGGCUAGUGGCAGCGCAGCGGCCGCGGCGGCCGUGGUCACAGCUACGACCACAGGGAGUGGGCACAACGGCGGUGGGCGCUCUGGCGCGGCUGAGCACAGCCACCACCAGCACCUUGCCGCUGCUGUCCAUCUCUCGGCGGCAGCUGCUGAGGGCGAUUCCGGCGGCGGUGGUGGCAGUGGCUGGGCACCAGUAGCUGGCGGCGCGGCCAGUGGCAGCGCAGCGGCCGCGGCGGCAGUGGUCACAGCUACGACCACAGGGAGUGGGCACAACGGCGGCGGGCGCUCUGGCGCUGGGGUUGCGGCAGAUGGCGGUGGCGGCGCUUAUGAGUGGCUAGACUGCAUGAAUACGGAUGUGAUGCACUUGCCAACCUUUGAGUCUGGCAGCUUGAUGGGGUUACUAUGUGACGAGGCGGAGCCUACUGGUGAUGCGGCAGCAGCUAUGGCAGCACUUGCUACUGCAGCUGCAGCUGUGGUCCCCCCCGGGACACUUACCAAUGCACAGAUGCUCGCGGCCCUCGCGGCCCUGUCGCAACUCCAAGAGCCCGUACAUGCCGACCAACAGCAGCUGCAGCCGGGACAGGCGCAGCCGGGGCAGGCGCAGCCGGGGCAGGCGCAGCCGGGGCAGGUGCCGCCGGGGCAGGGGCAGGCGCAGCCGGGGCAGGCGGGGCAGCCGGGGCAGGCGCAGCCGGGGCAGGCGCAGCCGGGGCAGGCGCAGCCGGGGCAGGCGCAGCCGGGGCAGGUGCCGCCGGGGCAGGCGCAGGCAGGGCAGGCGCAGGCAGGGCAGGCGCAGCCGGGGCAGGUGCCGCCGGGGCAGGCGCAGCCGGGGCAGGCGCAGCCGGGGCAGGCGCAGCCGGGGCAGGUGCCGCCGGGGCAGGGGCAGGCAGGGCAGGCGCAGGCAGGGCAGGCGCAGCCGGGGCAGGUGCCGCCGGGGCAGGCGCAGCCGGGGCAGGCGCAGCCGGGGCAGGCGCAGCCGGGGCAGGCGCAGCCGGGGCAGGCGCAGCCGGGGCAGGGGCAGGCAGGGCAGGGGCAGGCAGGGCAGGGGCAGGCAGGGCAGCCGCAGCUGCGAUGGCGGCUGCGGCGCCGCUUUGACCGCAGGUACCAUGAGUACUAUGCGGACUUGGGACAGCGCUCCAGCACGCUGCUAGAGAAGCUGCUGGGGUCGCGCAGUACCGUGUCAUUGCCAAAGCAGGGGAUUCUUGAGCAAAACAUUGCUCAGCAGGACGGGUACUGCGCAGACAGCGAAGAAGUCAGCGAUGGAGCACUGGCGGACCACGAAGAUGGCGAGUUUCUGCAUGGCUGUCAGCAAUCGGAGCUCCAGCACGACUUCAAGCAGCUGCAGCGGGACAAGCAGCGCGCCUUCAUUGUUAAGGAGCACAGCCGUGUGACGGGAGACAUAAUCAAGAAGAUACAGGCGCUGACGCUGGUGAGCAGCAACGCCGAUAUGGCCAUGUUCAGCAGUAGCAACAGGUCCACAGCGUAUAAGACGGUCCUCAUCGGCCGUCAUUGGUACGGUAUCAGCAAGCCACACACCGAGGGCCUCACUAGGCUCAUCAAAGUGUUCGCGCGCCACCCGUCUGCUCGUGGAAAGCUGCUGGGGGCAGCAGCGGAUAUCCUGGCGGAGUACGGCAGCGACAGCGAUAAGGGGCCAGGCGAUGGCAGCGAUGAUAGUGACAGUGGCAGUGGCGCCGACCACAGCGGCUUGCGCGGCGGCAGCAGCAGCAGCAACGGCGGUGACGAGCCACGGCGGGGUCAGAAGCGUGCUCGCCAGGUAGCCACGGCGGUGGCUGCGACAGCCAUGCAGGCGGCACACGCGGCAGCAGCGCAGGCACCAGCCACGGCGGCGGCGGCGGCAGCCAUGCAGGCAGCACCCGCGGCAGCGGUGCAAGCACCAGCCACGGCGGCGGCGGCGGCAGCCAUGCAGGCGGCACCCGCGGUAGCGGCGCAGGCACCAGCCACGGCGGCGGCGGCGGCAGCCAUGCAGGCGGCACACGCGGCAGCGGCGCAGGCACCAGCCACGGCGGCGGCGGCGGCGGCGGCGGCGGCGGCCAUGCAGGCGGCACCCGCGGCAGCGGCGCAGGCACCAGCCACGGCGGCGGCGGCGGCGGCGGCGGGAGCCAUGCAGGCGGCACCCGCGGCAGCGGCGCAGGCACCAGCCACGGCGGCGGCGGCGGCAGCCAUGCAGGCGGCACCCGCGGCAGCGGCGCAGGCACCAGCCACGGCGGCGGCGGCGGCAGCCAUGCAGGCGGCACACGCGGCAGCAGCGCAGGCACCAGCCACGGCGGCGGCGGCGGCGGCGGCGGCAGCCAUGCAGGCGGCACCCGCGGCAGCGGCGCAGGCACCAGCCACGGCGGCGGCGGCGGCAGCCAUGCAGGCGGCACACGCGGCACAAGCGGGAUCUUCUGCAGCACCGGCAUCAGCAGCAGCGGCAGCUGCAGCUCCAUCUCGUCGGGUGAAGCUGGACCAGGAUAAGGUGGGUUCGCGGAUGCAUGCACUAGUGCUGUUCCAGACAUGUCUCUAACCGUGUGCCAUUUGCAGCGCCUGGAACUGCAGAUGACCAUGGGCCCAUUCGUAAGCCUGACCAAGGUGAAGGCGAUUGCAGCCUGGCGGCAAGCAAACCCGGACAAGACUGCUGGCCUUUCGGAUCAUCAACUGGGCACGGCCUGGACUGCCGUGCGCGCUGCUGGACGUGCUCGGGGGAAGCGACUCGCGGAGUCAGAGGAGGCCGGCGAUGUGGGGACUGACAUAGCGUCCGUAGAAUCCCGUAUCAGGCAGAAGCUAGCUGCGGGCGAGACGUCGGGCGUUGAAGAUGACCUAAACGAGUUGCGGAUGACGGGGCAGAACGAGCUGUACGCACAACUCUACAACGAAGCUUGUGAGAAGGGCGUGUUUGCUGGACUGGCGUGGUAACUAACGUGGGCGGUUGGCUGCAGUACAAUGUUUGUGGUGGGAUCAAUGCGACUGUACGGCUGUAGGUCAGUGUAGUUGCUGGCCGGGCGUCGGCAGUACGGUAUGCAACGCAGCCGGCGGCUCCAUGGUCGCGGCGUUGCCUGGAGUUGAGCUGCAGCUUUACUCCUCACACGAGUAAUGCAACGGAUUGCCUUGUACGCUUGCCCACAUGUGUAAUACCACUCAAGA